AUGUCCUAUACCUUCGGCCUUCUCUCGUUUGCCAUUGUGACGCAAGCCCUGGGACAAUCUGAUUUCCCUUUCCAGGUCGUUGCUGAUUACCCAGCGGGUUGUCAUGGUGGGCCCGGCCCAGGGGAGGGAAGCGCCAUCACCGAUCUCCUAAAGCCGUCCUGCAUUUACAACAUGAAGGGCGUCACAUCUGAAGGCGUUAUUAAAGAGGCUGCCGGGAUCAUUCUAAACACCAAUCGGCCUGGGCGUUAUGGUGGCAUGCAUGUUAACUUCACCGUGUUCAACAAGCCGGGCAUCGAAUGCGGUACGCUGGUGGAGACGUAUGGUUGGGCUCACUUGAGUGUCGGUGAUGAAACCCGAGACUUCUGGUGGAACCCAGCCCCAGGGGAGGAUGCCUAUGGCCCUGGAUCGCCCAUCCAUAUUGCUACUAUCGACUAUGGUUCUAUCCCUGAUGCAAACGUUAGAACGUGGACUUCGUGGCAUAGUCUAGACGGUACAGCUGAUUGCAAAGGGUUGACUCUAGUAUCCAGUCAGAAACCCUUCUCCAAUGUACCUAAUCCUUCAUUCUUCACCGGACAACAGCUUAUCAUAAAACAGAGGUAUGGUGGUUGGGACUAUUUGGUUACGUAUCAAUUCCGAGAUUCUUCUGGGAAACUUGGAGAAUACACUAAGUAUGUCGUUCGCGGCAAUCUGCAGGACAAAAAGUGA